AUGAUUAACUUCGCAUUAUUCUUCGCAUGCUUUUUCUCGUUUUUUUCGCCUUCGUUCGGAUAUUACGGCGGCUGGAUUAACGCACGCGCCACCUUCUAUGGAGGCGGCGAUGCAUCUGGAACAAUGGGAGGGGCUUGUGGGUAUGGCAACUUGUACAGCCAGGGCUACGGGACAAACACGGCGGCCCUCAGCACGGCCCUGUUCAAUAACGGGCUGAGCUGUGGGGCCUGUUUUCAAUUGGUAUGCGUAAACGACCGGAGAUCGUGCAUUCGCGGCUCGAUUGUGGUGACCGCCACAAAUUUCUGCCCCCCGGGCGGCUGGUGCGCACCCCCUAACCACCACUUUGACCUAUCGCAGCCCGUUUUCCUGCGAAUCGCCCAGUACAGAGCAGGCGUAGUGCCUGUUCUUUACCGGAGGGUUCCUUGUCGGAGGAGAGGCGGGAUCCGGUUCACGAUCAACGGCCACUCUUACUUCAAUCUCGUGCUCGUGACCAACGUUGGUGGCGCGGGGGACGUGCGCUCGGUUUACAUCAAGGGCUCGAGAACCGGCUGGCUGCCCAUGUCGAGAAAUUGGGGGCAAAAUUGGCAGAGCAAUUCGAACCUUAAUGGGCAGAGCUUAUCAUUUAAAGUUACAACUAGCGACGGACGCAGUCUCGUUUCUUACAAUGUGGCCCCGCGCGGUUGGUCGUUCGGCCAGACGUACUCGGGUAGCCAAUUUCGCUAA